AUGAGUACCAGUAAUGUUAAAGAUCUAGAAAAAAUGACCAUGGCCCAACUCAAAGAGUCCCUAGCAAAGAAAGGUUUACCAACUGACGGCAAAAAAGCAGUGUUAGUUGAUCGUUUAGCUGAAAGCAUUAGAAAGGCAGAAGAAGAUGCCAUUUUAAACUCCAACAUUGAUUCAGUUCUUUUGGCCUCAGAUGAUAUACUCAAUUCCGCUUCUGAUGUUCUGGGAGAUAUCUCAGCAGAUGCAAAAAUAGACGCAGAUUCUACUGAACCCACAAAGGAAAAGACCAAAGUGCAAGCUCCAUCUGAAGAAUCCAAGGAAGAACAAAAGAAAAGAGCUCAACGUCUUGGACUUCCUAUUGGUGGAGGAGAAAACACCGGAGAAGAAGCCAGAAAACGUAGAGCUGAACGCUUUGGACUACCUCUUAAUACUGCUAGCCCCGGUGACGCUAAAGCCAAGCGCGCUGAAAGAUUUGGAACAACUAACAAUACCGCUGUCAAGAUGGAUGAUGAUACUAAAGAAAAGUUAUUGAAAAGAGCUCAACGGUUUGGUAUACCUGUAAAUGCUGAAGGAAAAACUGUUGCUGCUGCUGUUGAUCCUGAUGCUUUGGCUAAGAGAGCCGCACGAUUCGGAAUGAAUCAUACCAAUGAUCAGAAUGAGGCAGCGAAGAAAGCUCGUUUAGAACGUUUUUCCAAGUAA